AUGAGUGAUUAACAAAUCCUAACACAAACAGAAUAAUAAAUUAUUAAUCUUUAACCCUAGAUUAAUACCUUACAACCCAUUCAACCACCAUUACCUAUGGAUAUAGGCACGGGGGUGUUGGGUCGUGUGGGGUUGAUUUCUACUAUAGAGGACCCAUUUUUGAAAUAAAUAAUGAUUUAGCAUUGCUACUAAGAUUAAAUUUUGAACUAUUCCUUUAUGUUGAUAAGGGAGUUGUUGAAUUCUAAUAUAUUUUACAUUAAAGAAAUUGUUAAUAAUUAAAAAACACAUAAUCAAAAUAAAACCAUACAUUAUUCAAAUCAAACCUAAUAACGUUAUUAGAAGAAUCAUUCGGACUUAAUGACUGUCUAAAUCAUAUUCUAGAUUAAGCUAAAAGUAAUAAUUAUCAAAAAUGUAUAUCAAUUAUAUCCGAUGGCUACUUCUUCCCCAAAAUGCUUUAAUAUGCAGGCGAACAUUAUAAAGUUUAAUUCAUCGUUUUCAAUGCUCGCAAGAAGAAAUAUUAUAGAUACGGUCCUUAAUCCCACUAAAAAAAAUACUUUAUUUUUCAAAAGAAUACCUAAAUANAUGAACUCUUGCAGAGGCAUUUCAUAAGAAUUCAGUUUAAAAGAGGAAACUCUCGUUGUAUUUAAAUCCUACUUAGCAAUAACUUCAGGAGGAAUGGAUAAAAAAGUGGCUCAAUCAUUGAAUAAUGUUUUUGCCACAAACAUUCAUCAAUCAUAGUAAAAUGCAGAAAAAUUAGUCUAUAAUGAUUUUGAUGUGGCUUUUGCUGUAGGAGUUGUCUUCAAGCUUCUUGUGGGAUAAAAAAUUGAAUUUCUUGAUUAUUUUUGUAAAUGACAUUAUCAUUAUUUAUAGGUUAGUUUUAUAGUUAAGUAAAUGAUAAAUAGAAAUACGCUUUAGACCUACUCAAAUAUACUGUUUACUAACUUGAUAAAAGUGACCCAAUGUUCUAUUUAAACACUUUAUUAGCAAAUAAAAAUAUUCCUAAUUAAUAAUUAUAACCAGGAAUUAGUUUAUCUAAAAUUUAUACAUUUGUUCAUUUGUGUGAAUUAGCCUCAUUUUUUAAACCCUUUUAAAAGCAUCCAAAUUAAAUUUUAAAUUCAUAAUUCUCUAUGUUCCCUUAUGUAUUUUGGUAAAGAUAUGAUUAAGUUAAUCUCAAUGAAGUAAGACCUGAAAUAGACUUAUACUUUUAUUAGCCUUCUUCAACAUUGUAUUAUUUUAUUAUUAUUUUAGUCCAAUUCUUGUGUUAUAAUAAUAUGAUGACCCCCAACUUUCAUAUCAGAUAUUUAAAGAACAUUAAAUUUUUAUGUCACACAUUUCAACAUAAUUGAUUUUAGAUGCUGUCAGUCGUCAAUUGUCUCAAACUUCAGAAAAUCUAAAAAAUCAACCUUACAAAGUUGCAAAUUUGAGAGAAUUAGGAUUAAUUUUAUUUGCUGGACAACCAUAAUUAGAGGAUAAAUUACUUAAAUUUGAGAAGAUACCAAAAAUGUAAUCAAUUAGAGAUUAUAUGUAGUGGUGAAACUCUUAGUUUUUUAAUUAAUCCUAAAGCUUCUUUAGAAAUUGUAAAGAAAGAAUUGACUAAAGAUUAAGAAUAAGAGAUUGUAAAAGAAUAGGCAUAGUUAAAUUAGAAUUAGGGUUAAGUCUUUGAUAUUUUUGCAACAUAAAUUCCAAAUUAACAAAAAUAAGUUAAUGAGUUGAGAAAGACCAUUUCAUAUUGAAUAAUAA